AUGUCUGCCAGAGGAACUCGCCCAGCCUACCGAGGAAAGAUGACCCAGCUACUCAAGAAAGCCGAAGAUACGAUUGUGAAAUUCAACAGUGAAGACGACGUGGAUUGGGACAAUCUCUUGAUCACAAAAGAACGCAUCGAAGAUAAGUUUAAGUUGUUAGAGAAACUCGACGCUGAAAUUAUUCAGUCAACUAACGAAGACCAGUUAAACGACGUUAUUCUAGAAGCCGACAAUUACAUGGAUGAAGUUUUCGCCAGAAAGUUCAAAAUCUGUAAAUUCAUCAAUCAACACGCUGCGACAAGGGAGACAACGGGAUCGACGGUAAGAACAAACACCUCUUCUACUAGACAGUCUACAACUUCCACUAGUAAUACCGUCCACUUACCGAAGCUACAGCUUCCGACAUUCAGUGGCGACUCCCUAAAAUGGAAAGCAUUUUAUGAUGUUUUUAUUUCUGCUGUGGAUAACGAUCCAAGCUUCAGCGAAGUUCAGAAAUUUCAAUACCUCCGAGGUCAACUUUCCGGAGAAGCAGCGAGAACUAUUGAUGGUCUACCAUUGACGAAUACGAACUAUCGACAUGCUAUUCAACUGCUGGAAAAACGAUAUGGCCAAACACAUAAAAUCGUCAAUGCUUAUAUGAAAUCUUUGUGGGAUUUGCCCAAGCCAACUAGCGAUAUGAACAGUUUACGAAAUUUCUAUGACACUAUAGAAACUAAUGUACGCGGACUCGAGGCUCUCGGUAAAAAGGAAACGUCGUAUGGUGAUCUGUUAGUUCCGAUCGUAUUCGAGAAGUUACCAAGAGGCAUACGGAAACAGAUAACACGUGAUCACGGCGACUGUGAGUGGAAAUUAUCGGAACUACGUGAAUCACUUUACAAAGAAAUACAGGCACUCGAAGUAAGUUCAUUGAUCAACGAUAGUGCAGGUGAAUACGAACAAGAAACACAACAAAUGACUGCGGCUUUCUAUACUGGUACGAAGACAUCGGCAACACGUACAUCGACACGCAAUUUUCGACCCCGUAACGCACCAAAACCGAGAAAAACCUGCGCUUACUGUAAAGGACAGCAUUUUCAUAGUAAUUGUGUCAUCGUAACGGAUAGAAAUAAACGACAUGAUAUCGUGAAGCGUGACAGGCUGUGCUUUAAUUGUCUGGGAAGACACCAAGUUUCGGAGUGCAGAUCGACCAAUAAAUGCCUUCGCUGUGGGAGAAAACAUCACACAUCACUCUGUACAUUAGAACCACAAAUGCGCGCCUCCUCAGACCAAUCUAGUCGUGACACAACGUCAACAUCACUCAACAAAUCGACUCCGGCAUGUGUUAACUUCGCUGCAGCUGCUCAAAGAAAAAACAACUACGAUAAUCAACCAGUUUUAUUAAAAACUGUCGUAACAGAGAUUUCUACUGACACUCAAUCAUUGACCGCUGUUCUGUUGUUUGAUGAAGGAGCAACAAGAACAUUCAUCACUGAAGAUUUGGCACAAAAACUGAAUGUUAAACCAUCUGGAUCAGAGUUAAUACAGUUGGCGACAUUAAACGGAUCCCGUAGUGUGUCGGCACUGAUUGUUCCAACAAUAUCAACACCAAUGAAGAAUCUGAUAUCGAAAUCUGUUUUAAAUCUCCCGCAUUUACGAGGCCUACGCCUGGCGCACCCUGCAUCAUCAUCGGAUUCCUUUGAAGUUUCCCUACUGAUCGGCGCCGACUACUAUUGGAACUUUGUGGGAGACGACAUAAUCCGAGGACCGGGACCAACAGCUGUAAUGUCGGAAUUUGGAUAUCUUCUAUCCGGACCAACUGGAACCAGAAUGAGAAUCCCGACUAACACAACUAUGUUACAUAUAGCUGCUAGUAACCAGAAUGAGCAAAUUAAACUCCAAGAUUUCUGGAACUUGGAAUCUAUCGGAAUAAGGGACGAAAUACACGAACCGAAAGCGGAUUUCUUCAAAGAAUAUUGUGACUCUAAUUUACAGUUUGAAGAAGGGAAAUACACCGCGAAGUUCCCAUGGAAACCAGAACAUCCGCCCCUACCAACGAACUAUCAGUUAAGCGAGAAACGAACACGAAAUUUGGUGCACCGCUUACCAUCUGAUAUUUUGGAGUACUACAAUAAGACCAUUCACGAUCAAAUAUCUCGGGACUUCGUAGAAGAAGUUCUUAAUGACGACAACGAACGGGGACAUUACUUACCACAUCAUGCCGUUAAGAAGGAUUCACCGACCACACCCAUCCGUGUAGUUUAUGAUUGUAGCAGUAAACAAUCACCCAUAAUACCCAGCCUCAACGACUGCUUGGAAGUUGGGCCACAGUUAUUGAAUGACUUGACAGGAAUUCUACUUAGAUUUCGAGUACAUCGUUACGCGUUUAGCAGCGACAUCGAAAAAGCUUUUCUGAAUGUACGUCUCCACGAAAGUGAUCGCGACUACACAAAAUUCCUGUGGCUAACUGACCCAACUAAUCCUGAUAGCGCAUUUAAGACUUAUCGAUUCAAGUCAGUACCGUUCGGAGCAGCCUCUUCGCCUUUCAUAUUGAACGCCGUCUUGAAAACACACACAGAGAAAAACGCAACAAAUGCAAUUACAUCGGAUCUGAAACACAAUAUCUAUGUAGACAAUAUCAUAAGUGGAACAUCUGAAAUCAAGGACGUGAUAGAAUACUAUGAAUUCUCGAAGGAUCUUUUAAAAUCUGGCGGGUUUAAUCUUCGGUCAUGGGCUUCUAACUGCGAACAAUUACGUGAUCUCGCUAAAGCCGACAAUGUAGCUGAUCUAAACACUGAGGUACACAUACUCGGAUUACGUUGGAAAACAUUGUCGGAUGAGCUUACCUACGCAAAUAAUAUUUCAAAUGACGAAACCAUAUUGCCAACUAAACGUGAAGUAAGUAGUGCAACGUCUAGCGUAUACGAUCCUUUCGGUUAUUUAGCACCAGUGGUUAUUAAAGCGAAGAUAUUUACACAAGAAUUAUGGAAACGAAAGCUCGACUGGGAUGAACCUUUACCUUCCGAUUUGACAAAUGAAUGGAACGCCAUAUGCUCACUGGUAAAUCAACAAAUACCGUCAAAAUCGGUGACAUUGUUCUCGACCAUCAUGACAACCAGAAGCGACUGCAUUGGAAUAUGGCAAAAGUUGAGAGAUUAA